AUGAACGCCAGAAAUAUCAAAGGCUGGACCUGCCUGGACCGCGUCGCUAUCUUCCAUACCGACCUUAAAACCAAUCUAGCCAACCCUCGGGCUCCAUCUAAGUUGCGAUCACCAAGCGUGAAGUUCGAUAUAAGCCCCCCACCACCCGAAAUCAACAUGACUUCAACUCAUCAAGCUCCUCCUACCUCAAAUCAAUCACACACACUUCUUCCUCCGGGUAGCUCAACUAGUAACACUUCUUCUUCAGCACCAAAUCAGACCAUCAAUCAGUCAUCAGCUUCGGUCCCAGCUCCACCUGAGGUCGAAGCCACAAUUCAACGUCUCUCUCAACAUAAGAAUGUACGAGCGGUGAUCAUUUUGAAUAAGGAAGGUGUUGUGAUUCGAUCAGCUGGACCGAUCUUACAAGGUUCAGAUGGAUUGGUCGUCCUAAGGCGGUAUGCCUCGGAAGCUAGGAAAAUGGUCGAGGCUAUGGGCAAAUCAAUUGAAGGGAUGGAAGUGGAUUCGAUCUGUUAA